UUUCAUUUUUUUACGCACGCUGCACGCACAUGUAUCCCCUCCUUCGCUCUCUAUCAUGGAAGCUUCAUCGUACCAAAUCUUUUGAAAAUGGAGAAACAGAGGAGUUUCUCCUUCAACUUGAAGCCCACAAGACUACUGGUCUUCUCCUUCACCCUCUCAUCCUCCCUCCUUCUCCUCUUCUUCUCCAUCUGGGUUUUCAAGUGCAUCCCCUUGAUCCCUCAAGAAACCCAACUCCAUUUCAACAAAUCCUCCCAAACUUUGGGGCUUAAACCCAUAAAUAUCCAGGCCUUCUCAAUUUCUGCAGAGACUCAUUUCAGGAUACCCGACAUUUCUUCUGGGAAUAGUGUAGUUUCAGUUGUUGAAAAGGUUCAAAUAAAACAGAACAAGUCUGGGGUUUCAGACAGAGAUAACAAAAGCGAGGAGACCCAAAACGGUGCUUUGGACGGUAUCACUUACAGCAACCAUGAUCAGUCGUCCAAGAAAAUCCAAGUUUCAGGUGGUGGGAGGAUUGAAAAGAAGAAGACUAGUGAAUGUGAUGUUUCAAAGGGGAGAUGGGUUUUUGAUGAGAGUUAUCCCCUGUAUACAAAUAGUUCAUGUCCCUUCAUAGAUGAAGGCUUUAGCUGUGAAGCUAAUGGAAGACCAGACAAAGAUUAUAUCAGGUGGAGAUGGCAACCACAUGACUGCAACAUCCCAAGGUUCAAUGCAGUGAAAAUGCUAGAAUUGAUCAGAGGGAAAAGGUUGGUUUUUGUUGGCGACUCGAUUAACAGAAACCAGUGGGAAUCCAUGCUGUGCUUAUUAAGAGGAGCCAUCACAGAUCCAGCGAGAGUUUAUGAGACUCAUGGGCGGAGGAUCACCAAGGGAAAGGGGAAUUACAGUUUCAAGUUUGUGGAUUAUAAAUGUACAGUCGAAUACUAUGUUACCCAUUUCUUGGUUCAUGAAAGUAAGGCAAGAGUUGGGCAGAAGCGGGUGCAAACGCUGCGAAUCGAUUCCAUUGAUCGGGGCUCUUCAAGAUGGAAAGGAGCUGAUGUUCUUGUUUUCAACACUGCACAUUGGUGGUCCCAUUACAAAACAAAAGCUGGGGUGAACUACUACCAGGAGGGUAACCAAGUUUAUCCCCAUCUGGAUGUCUCUGUUGCUUUCAGAAGAGCUCUGAUGACCUGGGCAUCAUGGGUUGAUAGGCAUAUAAAUCCACACAAGACCCAAGUUUUCUUUCGAAGUUCAGCACCUUCCCAUUUCAGGGGAGGUCAAUGGAAUUCCGGGGGGCACUGUAAGGAGGCUACUCAACCCCUCAACAAUAUUUCAGGAACAGACUACCCAGAAAAGAAUGUAAUUGCUGAGGAGGUUAUAAAGCAAAUGAAGACUCCUGUAACUCUCUUGAAUGUAACUAGUUUAUCAGAAUAUAGGAUAGAUGGUCAUCCAUCUGUAUAUGGAAGAAAGCCAAGGAAGGGUACUUCUUCAAGUAUUCAAGACUGUAGCCAUUGGUGCCUUCCGGGUGUUCCUGAUACCUGGAAUGAAUUGUUGUAUUAUUAUCUGCAAUCUAAAGAAAAACACAGUUCCACUUAGCAAACUGAAGAGAACAUCUUAAUGUCUAAGUUUUUUUUUUUUUUUUUUGUUAUUCCUUUUCUGUAGUUGUUCUGUUUGCCAUAAUUGAAUUUCCAUUUGCUGUCA